AAGAAGAGGGACAAUCUGGCCCAAUAAAAGAAAAAGCUUCUAAACAAGCAGCAGAGAUGGAUUCUGGAACAAUGGAAGCAGAACCCAGGGAGACAUGGCCCAGAGAGAGUGCAGAGGAGUGUGAGCUCUGUGGAAAGGCUCCUGAAGUUCCACAGAUUUAUCCCCAGAGAAUCGGCACCAAAUACAGGUUGGUUGUACCGAGGGAAGGUCUCUUCCGCUGCUCAGAGACAGGACUACAGUUCCGUGUGGAAUCACCGGCCGAUAUUGAGAUUGAAAUUGGCUCCUGGGUAGAAUUCCUGAGGCUCCUGCACCAAUACAGAUAUGAUAUUGUGGGGCCCCUAUUCAACAUCACUGUCAAAUCUGGGCGGGUAUCAGCAGUGUAUUUGCCCCACUAUGUGUGUCUGAGGGGAGGAGACGUGGAUAUAAGGACGUUCCGAGUGGCUCAUUAUAAAGAUGACAAUAUGAUCCUGGAAUCACCAACCAGCAUUGAGCCAUUUUAUGUUGUACUGGAAAAUCCCACCUUCUCCCCAGUGGGGGUUAUUAAGUUACAACCAUCGCCCAAUGGCCGCCGGCGGAACAUCCCAACUCACGGCAUUGUCCUGUUAUACAGCAGAUACAAAACAGGUUACACCAUCCAUCUCUACUUGAUGCCACAUGAUGUCUCAUUAAAGAAGGCUGUGCAUAAAAAGGAGACUGGGAAUGGGUUUUACUGGAUGGACAAACCCCCUCGGACCAGAACUAUUUAUACUGACAGACAAUACAUUGUUAGGGGGCCAGAGGAUGCAGAGAUAAACCCAGAGGAACUGGAGCUGUACUUUAAUGUCAAGUCAGAGCUGUAUAAUUACAGUGAGAUAUACUUGGAGGAAAUAGAGGAUAAAAUACACUUACAGUUGACAUGUGAAGGAGAAAAUACAUUGGCAUGGCAAACCCGGCUCAGGGCAGAAGACUUGAAACCAAAAGCCCAAGUGACACAAGACGGGCAGCACUUUAUUGAAAGGCACCGAGCAGCUCUGAUUGCCAGGGUGUCCAACAUUGAUCUAAUCCUGGAUGGGCUGCUGAAUAAUGACAUCCUGAAGCAAGAACAGUACGACACAGUGAGAAGCAAGGGCACCCCCCAGGAGAGGAUGAGGCAACUCUAUGACUGUGUCAGGGCCUGGGGGAAGAUUGAGAAGGAGACGUUCUACCAUAUAUUGUUUCUACAUGAGAGAGCACUUGUCACAGACCUUCUAUGCAGCUAGGAGUCAUUAGAACUGCAAAUGUAAAGGGGGACAUAUUGGAUAUAUGGGAAAACCCCUAACCCUGUAGGCAAUUAUGAAUAAUAUACGGUGCUGGUUUCCCUUUGGGCUAAACA